UUCUCCUCUCUGUUCAGACACUCUCUCCUUCUCCAGACCUGGGAAGCCUUCCAGCUGGGGGCAGCUGGACACUUGUCCCUGCUCCUCCCAGGACAGGUACUGUUGGGAGGAAGCUAAGCUUCUUUGUAAUCUGUAUAAAGUCCAUACCCAGGGAUCCAGUGAUUGCAAAGACUGGCCUUCUGUUCCCUGCUGGAGACCAGGCUAGAGACCCAAGACUUGCAGGAUUUUAGGUCACUUCCAAGGCCACCAUCCAGCGGGGAGGGCUGCCUCUCUCGAGGGAGUGGGAGUCAAAUCCUCUUAGGGAAGAAUAUAUGUGGGUGUCUCAUUACUUGGAAAAUCUCACAAAGGGACAUCUUCCUGGCACCUGAAGGGAGACUGUAAGUCAGAGAGGCUGCACGUGGAAGUUGGAUUCUCUUUCUAAGGCGAUUCUUCUCCUGCUCUCCUCCUUUCUGGGCCAGGCUUCUGGUGAAAAGUGAAGCCUCCAUGGCUCAGAAGUCCCUCGUGCUGUUCCCACUGCUUGUGCUGGUGCUGGGGUGUGUCCAGGGCAAGGAAUCGCCGGUCAUGAAGUUCCAGCGGCAGCACAUGGACUCGGGCAGCGCCCCCAGCGGCAAUUCAAGCUACUGCAACCAAAUGAUGAGGCGCCGGAAUAUGACUCAAGGAUGGUGCAAACCGGUGAACACCUUUGUGCACGAGCCCCUGGAAGAUGUCGAGGCCGUCUGUCUCCAGAGAAAUGUCACCUGCAAAAAUGGGCAGCCUAACUGCCACCAGAGCAGCUCCAGCGUGCGCAUCACGGACUGCCGCCUGACGGGUGGCUCCAAGUAUCCCAACUGCGCGUACCGGGCCAGCCCGAAAGAGCAAUACAUCAUCGUGGCCUGUGAGGGGAAGCCGUAUCUGCCAGUCCACUUCGACGCUUCUGUGGAGCUCUCCACUUGAGGUCUCCAGCUAGAUGCCCCACCUUGUCAUUGUGACACCUGCCUCUCCCCUCUUCCUUCCCUGCUCUGAGGGAAAUAAAUCAAGUUAGGGCUCCUAUCCAAUACUUACAUGCUUCCCUGGCCCCAGCCGUUUUGGUGGUGGGGAGGAGCGGGUUGUGAGGUGGGCUCCAUGUUAACCAUUUUAUGCUUCUUUCAAUAAAACCAGUUGCAACCACCCGGAUUCUUGGAGGGGUCCCCAUCCAGG